AUGCAAAUGCAUUCCAUUCAGGCUUUACUAGGCAACACUUUGUGGAAGUUGGCUAUGGCAAAGUGGUGGGAUUUGGACCAAGAGUUCAAUUAUGUAGAAAGCUUGGCUUUAGUUACCAUCGUGUUCCUUGAGCUACUGUUUGAUGGUGCUUGGCAUGUCCUGUCCAGACCAGCCUCCAAGUCUUACUACUACGGGCGUUUGCAUGAAGACGCCUUUGACAAAGCUGAGUCCGGGGUGGUGGUUCAGACAGUCUCGCACGCCCAGCUAUACAAGGAAUUGAUGAACAAGAUGGGCGGAGAGUUCAUGUCCUUGGGGUUCAUCGCCUUCAUGAUCUUCUGUUCUAAUCAGCUUGGGUUCUUUGACUUUAUUGCUGAACGCUUGCCGGCCUGUGGCAAGAGCGCCACUCCAGAUUGUGUAAUGCUGCCAUACACUGGCAUCGAUUGGCUUCACCUUAUCGAGCUUGUUCACGUCCAGCUUUUCGUGGGAAUGAUGCUCUACUUCUUGCUCAUGUUUGGAGUAGUUCGUGGAAGCGUCCGGCAGAUACAACUGUGA